AUGAAGUUACCGAGUGCUUACGAGAGAAUUUCGGUGAUUGAUUUUUUUGAUGUUAUUGAUGAAGCUGUGGAAUUCAAAAUGGAAGAAGAAUGUUUGGUUGAAGCUCUUGCUGCUAUUCUAGUGAAUUUUGAUGCUGAUGACAUGGAGGGCUAUGUGGAGAUGGUGAAUUCUCUUGUUGGGUUAGGUUCAUAUUCUUACCACCCAAAGAAGCUUGAUCUUGAUCUUGAAAAUAGAAAGACAGCACCAACAAAGCCAUCCAUUGUUAAGCCGCCUAAGCUUGAGCUUAAGCAGCUGCCUGCACAUCUGAAGUAUGAGUUUCUGGGCCCAGACAAUACUUUGCCAGUUAUUGUGUCUGCAUUGCUGAAUGAAGAGCAAACGAAUAGAUUAUUAAAUAUAUUUAGAGAAUACAUGCAUGCCAUAGGCUGGACUAUUGCAGAUAUUCAAGGAAUUUCCUCAGACAUAUGUGAGCACAAGAUUCAGCUUGAGGAAGAUAACAGCAAGCGGGUAAGCCCGGUACAAUGCGUUCCAAAGAAGAGAGGCAUCACAGUGGUACCUAAUGCUAAAAAUGAGCUGAUUUCGACUCAUACUGUUACUGGGUGGCGUGUUUGCAUGGAUUAUAGGAAGUUGAAUUCAGCCACUUGCAAAGACCAUUUCCCCAUGUCUUUUAUUGAUCAGAUGCUUGAUCGGCUGGCGGGAAGAUCUUACUAUUGCUUCCUUGGCGGGUAUUCUGGCUAUAAUCAGAUUAACAUUGCUCUUGAAGACCAGGAGAAGACGACAUUCACUCGUCCUUAUGGGUCGUUUGCUUCCAGCAGGAUGCCAUUUAUUUGCAAUGCACCGGCUACUUUCCGGAGUUGCAUGAUAUUGAUUUUCUCAGACAUGGUGGAAGACUUCUUGGAGGUCUUUAUGGAUGAUUUCUUUGUGGUUGGUGACUCUUUUGAUGAUUGA